ACCCUAGCCUCAAGUUACAAUGGUCACUAGGUCGAUACGAUCACAAGUGCUUUUCCUUGACCAAAAGGAAAACUUAUGUGCCCAGCGGACACGGCGGACAUCAUCAUGACAACACAUCUAUGGCGCGAACUCCGUGGACGGAUGGUUCCCCUAGCGUGUCUCGCAACAAUUCCGCUGUAGUUGGAGAACGUCCCAUGAACCUUCCCCCGCCUUUGGAGCAGAGAUGUUUGGAGAUAUGUACAUACAGCACAUGGAGGGGCCGACAAGCCCGAGGCGGAUGAGCAACUGUUGUUCUGUGUCCUUACGAAGAAAUUGUAUGAACCCGAGUGCUCGAGUCCAGCUACCUGGUACAGCAGAUUUGUUACAGAUCAUCUAUUCAGCAACAGAAGCAUCAUCGCCAUCAUGCGUCUAGACUAUGUUGAUAACCCUCCCACCAACCUCUCCUCCGAGGAUCAAGAGGUCCUCGAGCGGGUGAAAGCUCGUCGAGGGGCCAUGGGUCUGAUUCCUCUUGAUUUGACGUUGCUGCAUGCCCCCAAAAUCGCAGAUGGCUGGAAUGCUCUCUUAGGUGCUGUCCGCACGAAGAACUCCCUCCCAGACGAUAUCCGCGAGAUCGCCAUUUGCCGUCCUGCCCUGAUCAACAAAGCCUGGUUCGAGUGGAACGCGCAUUGCCCCAUACUGCUCAAGUCCCAAGGGUUCUCGGAAGAUAAACUCGACGUUGUUAAACAGCUUCAUCCCAAGUCCAAGGGUGCGCUCGACGAUCGUCAAUGGGCGGUCUUGAGAUAUGCCGAUGCCAUGACUCGAGAAGUGUCAGUACCUCAGAGCCUUUUCGAUGAGGUCAAGGCGGCCGGUCUCAGUGAACAACAGAUGGUUGAGCUCACAGCGACAGUCGCCAGUUAUAACAUGGUCAGCCGCUUUUUGGUCGCGCUGGACAUUGGCGAGCAAAACAAUAAAAAGCCAGAGUGGGCGAUUGUUGAGAAUUGAAAAAAACUGGUCGAAGAAAUAUGAUACUUACCAUGGAACAGCCCGAACGCCGGACCAGUGCGGAGGGUGUGCUCGAGUAUGGUUCUCAGUAUGGU